GUUCAACGCUUAACCCAGAAUCGACUAAAUUGUUAGGGUUAUAACCAAACCGACUAACAAGCCUACUUACAAGCAUUCUUCCUUCACCAUGUAAUCAUUAAUUAGAAACAAAACAAAAAAAAUCUCCUUGUAUAUUGAUGGGCUAAGAUUAGGGAUGACAAUCAAACCCAUGGUUGUGGGUACCCAACCGCCCUUAACUCAGUCAACGCGAAGAAUCCUCGAUUGACUUGGUAUGAGGCGAGUAUGGGUAAAACCCUCAAAACAUUUGAUGGACGGGUACAGGGCGGGUAUGGUUUUAGCCUCCUCUGUCUCAUUCUCAUACACAUAUCCGCCCCAUCAAGAGUAUUCCUUCACAUAUAAAAAGUACAUUGAUCAAAUUGCAACAUAUAUAUCAAUGAUAGUGAGGGUAACUCAAGAAAAUAAAUAGUAGAAAUGCAAUUGAGUGGCCACCCAAGCUAAAAUCUAAUUCAUUUUCCUCAAUUCUCCCUUCACUCUUUCACUUUUCCCCUUGUUAAGAAGAUUAUUACUUAGUAGAAGCAUCAGAGUAAAAAAUUAUAAUUUGAAAAAUAUUGUACACUUUCUUGUUGAUUACUAGAUGUUUUAUGAUCAGAUGCUUUGAGUUGUAUUAAGAAUGACUGUAUCUUUGUUGACUUCAUGAUAUAGUAGGUCCGUUUAGUGUUAUAAUUGAAAACAUACAUGUAAAAUUUUAUAUAUAAUAAUGUUGGAUGUACGGGAGAGUAUUAGCCACAGAUAUCCGAAAAUCACGGAUAUGAGUUUGUGAAACCUUUUUCGUAUGGAGAUAGAACGGAUAUAAAUUUAAAUAUUUGAAAACGAGAAUGAAAUGAUUACUAGUUGAUAUCCAUUAAUCUACAACAUCAAAUUUUUAGCUUGGUCUCAUCCAAUCGAUCAAUCACCUUUUAACACUAAAACCAUAUCUUAGUCAAAAAAAACUUUUUUCUCUCAUUUAGCGAGAGUUUUUAGCAGCGGCGGUAACCCUAGGGUUUCCGAGUUCUGAUUGAAAGAGGAGGACGUAUCCGGAACCUAGAAGAAAACUCUGAGCAACGAAAGGUAUUUAGAGAGGUGAGAAGCUUAGUCUUGUGUCAAAACAAGUUGGUGCUGAAAUUCUGAGGAUCAACAUCGCGAAUACAAGAGCUGGAAUACAGAGCUGGAGUGGAACCCAAGUAAAAACUUAGGUUCUAAAGCAAAGAAGAAGAGGGAUGGAAUCCACCAAUGUCAAUCCAGAGCCAGGGAAGAGGAACGAUGUUGAAGUGGAUGGGACAAACCCUACAGCUGGUUUGGAAGAUCAGCUAAACCAAAUCACGUUGGAAGAGGAAGAUGAGGAGCCUCUAGAUGUUGAAGAUGUUGAUGUGGAUGUAGUUCGUAUGGAGGCUGUUCGUCAUCUGGGACUGGUGGGCAGACUGCUGUCAGAUAAGGAGCCCAACAUAAAGUCCAUGAAAUAUGCCCUAACCAAAGCGUGGGGUCUAAAAAAGAGCUAUCAAAUCACUGAGUUGGGAAACAACCUGUUUGCUUUUCAAUUCUUGGAGAUGGAUGAUCGUAACAAAGUGUGCUAUGGGGGUCCCUGGCACUAUGAAAACAACGCAUUGCUCUUCACUGCUAGUUGGUGGAUUAAGAAGCCAACACCUGCUGACCUGCACAAGAUGGAAAUCUGGAUUCAGGUAAAGGAGUUCCCAGCUGAACUAAGAACACAAUCAAUGGCAGAAAAUAUAGCAACAAGACUAGGAGAAUUUGUCUUCUUGAGGAUCAGGGUGAGUUUAUCGAUCAAUAAUCCUUUGAGGAAGAAGAUCAAGUUAAAUGUGGGGGGAGAAUUACUGGAGUUCCAAAUUAAGUAUGAAAAACUACCGCUAUUCUGUCAUUCAUGUGGACGAAUUGGGCAUAUCAAAACUAAGUGUCCCCAAUUAGCAGUUGAUCCAUAUGGGUUUGACCUGAGAACAGCCCCUCCUGGUCCAAGGAACUGGCUAUCACAUAGAGCCAGGAAGGAGGAAUCUGAGAUAUGGAGACAAUUGAGAAGGAAAUUCGAUAUGGAGAGUUCAGGAUCGAAUUCAGGAAAAGAGUCGCAAGCCCAACAUGAGGAAAAGCAGGCAGAAAUGGAGUUAAAUUCGAAACCAAAGGCAAAAGACCCUGCCCCCAUGGAUACAUGGCUGGAAACUGAAAACCAGUCCCCAACAGGGGAUGACAAGGAGCAGAGAGAAGAACCCCGAAAAGAAGCAAGAGAUUUGAACACCACUGAACAGGGAAUAAAGAAACAUGAAGCUCCAGUGAGAGUAGGAGCGAUAAAACUAUUCUCCCAAAAGGAGAGCCAUGAGAAAGGAACCAAUAGAGUCCCUGGGAGAGUCUGGAAGAGGCAGGAACAGAGACGAGGUAGGGAAAUAAACCAAGUGAAACUCACCCCUCAGAAGAGAACAAUGGCAGCAGAGGGGCAAGAGAGGGGCGAGAUGGAGGGAGGGGAAGCUUUCCAGAAGAAGGCACGGACACUGUCUUUUGAUCAUAUGGGAGUGAAUCCAAAAGACCAAGGAAAGGAAGCAAUGACUGAAGCUAAUGGACCUGAAAUAGCAGGGGAAACACAAAGCGGGAAGGAAACAACAAAUGAGAGGGAUACCACAAAAAUGGUUGGCGGAAUGGAGGCUCCUGAUAAGAAUCAGGACCGCCCAGCCCAAUGAGUGUAUUGAGCUACAACUGUCGUGGUUUGGGGAACCCCACGAUAGUUGCAAGAGUAGCUGCGCUACUCAAAGAGCAAGACCCCAGCAUAGUCUUCCUUAUGGAGACUAAGAAGCAAGAACACGAAUGGGAAGAGACUGUCAAACAACUCGGAUGGUCACAAGGGAAGGGUGUUGGAUCACAAGGUAGAGCAGGAGGGCUGCUGCUCUUAUGGAAAGAGGAAAUACAAGUGACUGUGAAAAACUUAACCCGGAAUUUCAUUGAUGUUUGGAUUAGUAAAGGGGCUGAAGGGAAUCAGUGGCGGUUUACAGGAGUCUAUGGGUGGCCUGAACAAGAAAAUAAGCCACAGACUUGGGAAAUGAUCAGAAGGCUGCAUGAGCAACAAAAUAUGCCCUGGCUGGUCUAUGGGAAUUUCAACCAAGUACUUAGCUAUGAAGAGAAGAAUGGAGUCAAUCCUCCAGAUAUCCAAAACAUGGAGGAAUUCCAAACAACGAUUGAUGAAUGUCAGUUAGAGGAUUUGGGAUAUUACGGGAAUAUGUUUACUUGGGAUAAUGGAAGGGUAGAUGAAACCUUCCUAGAAGAAAGACUUGAUAGAGCUUUAGCCAAUUCAGAGUGGAAGGAGUGGUUCCCUGAAGCUAGAGUGUGUUAUCUGGAUAGGUGGGUUUCUGACCAUCUACCAAUAAAAGUGGAGCUGAAUUUGCAGGAGGAGAGAGUCAGAUAGGGAUGGCAUUUUAAGUUUGAAGCUUAUUGGCAAACUCAUGAAGAGUGUUCUGCCAUCAUUGAAGCAGAAUGGAUAAAAGAUCCUGAUAAGCUUCUGGAGGAUAGGAUCAAGGAUUGUGAGAAAGCUUUGUUGGAAUGGAGCAAGAGGACUUUUGGUAGUCUAAGAGCUCGAAAAAGAGGAUUGAGAAGGUUUUGGCCAAGAUUGCUAAGCAAAGGAAGAACAAGUCAGUUCUACUGCAAAGAAGAGUGCUAGAAAAGGAACUAAACGAGGUCCUGCAUC